CGGCAAGCAAAAAAAGAAUUAUGCCAAUUAGCACAAAAUAAUCCAAAUUUUACACAGCAAGAAUUAGCAGGUAAAUUUGAAAUUGGCCGGUCAACAGUAGCAGAUAUUCUUGCAAAGUUAUCUUAUUGGCUUAGUUUGGAUGACGAAAGUACUGCUGCACAACAAAAACGAAACAGAUUACCCAAUCAUCCACAAUUAGAAGAAAUUCUUGCAUGUUGGUUCGAUCUUGCAUUAGAAAAUCAUAUUACAAUUACAGAUUUAAUCUUGCAAGAAAAAGCAAAACAAAUUGCAAAUGCUUUAGAUAUUCAAAAUUUUGCUGUUUCUGAUGAUUUAAAAAAUCCUGAAAACCCUGAGCAUUUAAAUAUUUCUAUACAUGAGUUUAUCGAAAUUGAUAAUAAAUAUGCAACAGGUAAAAUGCCUACAAUUAACAAGCUUAUAGAAGAAAUGCAAGAAAGUGAACCCGAAGAAGAAGGACUAGAGAAGCAAAAACCUGUUAUGCCAACUUAA